AUGACGUUGGUGCUGUGCUUGUUCAUCGCGCUCUUCCUGUUUUGCUUCAGCCUGGGUUUGGUCUUCUUGGUCUACACGUGGAUCCUGUGGACGUCGUCGCUGCGUUCGCCGGCGGACGGCGCGGCCGACAAGGGCGGGGAGAAGGGGCUGUCGACGGCGGAGCUGGAGCGGCUGGGGGACGGGGGCGGCGCGGCGGCGGGGCAGGAGUGCGCCGUCUGCCUGGACGACAUCGAAGCGGGGCAGGCGUCGCGGGUGCUGCCCGGCUGCCGGCACGCUUUCCACCGCGCCUGCGCCGACCGCUGGCUCACAACCCACCCCGACUGUCCCGUCUGCCGAGCCCACCUCGACCCGCCGCCCAUGCCGCCGCCGCCCAUCGCGCCGCCCUCCGUCCCCGUUGAGGUCGUCGUCUGCAGGUGA